AUGGCUCAGAAGGCAAGAAAGGACAGGGCCAAGUCCAACGCCGAGGCGCUGAAGAACCUGCAUCUCGGGACCCUGAUCGUCAACUCGCUAUUUGUGCUUCUCAACCUGCUCUUCCGGAGGCGGUCUCUGCUGCUCUACGUUGUGCUCUCGAUCCCGGCUUUUGUCUGCGAGUACAUCCUGGAGUCAACCGGCCGCCCCAAGUAUGACGGCCACACCCUCAAGACUGCCGGCGAGGACCUGAGCGCCCCUGGUCUGACCGAGUACAUGUGGGAUAUCGUCUGGGUCACCUGGGCAUGCGUGCUCGCCGUCGGCUUCUUCGGCAACUGGGGCUGGUUUCUCUGGGCCGUUGUCCCCGUCUUUGCUGUCAUCAAGGGCUGGGGGCUUCUGAGUGCGGCGCGAGGCAUGGCGGGCGGCAUGCCGCAGCAGGAAGACGCACCUCAGCCGCAAGCCGGAAACCGCAAGCAGCGCCGGGCUGCCUGA